AUGCUGUUUGGAACACGUGCGUGGCGACGGUACAAUCGCUAUAUUAAAGCGUUCAUCACGUUGCUGAUAUCCACUGUGGUUGUGCUGUGGUAUAUUGGAAUGCUUGAUCACUUGCGAGAGAGACCGUUCGCACAUUUCAAAUGGCCACCAUUCGUUAACGUCCGUUAUCAGGUGGCUCUCGAGGAGGCUGGCUUGCAAGCAACCCGUUUAUACGAGAAUGACUGGGCAUAUAUUCAACCGAAAACUUUGCCGAAGUGUUCAGGCAACAGCAAAGAAUUAGCACAAUCAAAAAACUUUAUCCUGAUUAUUGUCAAAUCUAGUGCACAAAAUCUUGACCACCGUAACGCGAUUCGUUCAACGUGGGGUGCGAUUAAUGAGACAAUGGGUUAUCGUAUUCGAACGGUCUUCUUGGUAGCUAUGUUGGAUUCAGAAUACCAACGGAAAAUGGGUGAUGUGCUAUCAAAAGAAGCGAAUUACUACGGCGAUUUACUGAUUGGCGAUUUUCUGGAUGCGUAUCGUAAUAAUACACUCAAGGCAAGACCAUUCAUCGUUCAGCAUGUGAUCGCUGAUUCUUUCUUAAAUCAAAUUGUAAUCUAUAGAAUACCAUGCUGCAAUGUUUUUUUUUCGAUUUUUUUUCAGUUUCUGACCGCAGUGCAGUUGGCGUUCACUUAUUGUUCACACGCGCAGAGCAUUGUUCCAUUCGCUGUGUUGAUUGAUGACGAUUAUUUUUUAUCGAUAGAAAAUUUAAUCAUAGAAAUCCGAAGGCAUUCAUCGAAUGAUCAUUUGUAUAUGGGAUGGCGAUUCGAUACGAGACCUUUUCGAUUGCGUUUCUUCAAACACGCGUUAUCGAUUGCUGCCUAUCCAUAUGAUCGUUUUCCUCCAUAUAUUACGGCCGGCGCAGUGCUGUUAUCACGAAGGACAAUUCGACAGUUCUAUUAUGCCAUUCAGCAUAUACGCCUCUUCAAUUUUGAUGAUAUCUACGCGGGUAUAGUCGCUCAUCUUAUGCGAAUUACGCCACAACACAACUCCAGAAUGCUGUUUUGGGGGAUCGAUAGUCCAGUUGAAAUGUCGUUUAACGAUUUGAUAUGUGCGCAUGGAUUCACGCCGGCUCGUUUACAUGAAGCUUAUCGGCGACUCAAGCUCCACAAAAGCUAA